GGGGACUCGGUGCCGGGUGGCUGCCGGCCGCGUCUGCCGUCCUGCCCGCGUCUCCCGUCCCGCUGGCGGCGGCAAUGUCUGGCGGGGGCAGCCGGCGGCGGGCCAGCUCCUCCUGGCAUAGCACCUUCUCCCGCUUCUUCGCCAGGAGCCCCCCCGGCGAGGGGGCGGCGGCAGAGGGGCGGCCGGCGGGCGCGCACAGUUCUGAAAACAAAGGGAAUGAAGCCAUAAAUAUAAAGAGCAACCAAAAGGAAAGCACAACUCUGCCUGCACAUUUGAAGGUUUGUCAAAAUGAAGAGAGGAACCAUUCCACAGAAGAACUUAGUAAAUCUGAAAUCCAGGAGGAGAUGAAAAAGGCUAAUAGCCUUCCUAGUUUGACUCCUGCAAUCAAAACAGCAGAUAAAGACAAGCAAUCCCGAGAAGGUUUUUUUCAUUUUCUUGGAAGCUUGUUUAAUAUUGCAACAAAAUCAUCUUUGGUAGAAUCUAAACCCUCUGCCUUCCAAGAUGAACCCAACAGAUCUGAAAAGGAUUUACAGAACACAGAUAAUCUUCCAGAGGAUGUGCCGUCAAAGCGUCCAGAAGUUGAAGAGCCUGUCUGUUUAACAGCUAGAAUAAAAGAGGAUUCUGUAAAUAAAGAUGAUGCCAUCUUCAGUGGUGUUGGGAAAGAUAACUCGCAGGAUCUUCAAGGAGGCUGGAAACGAUCUGCAGAUGCACAGAAGCAGAGGCAUCGGAAGCCAGAGGCACCUGCAGUCAGUUAUGCAACGUAUCGAGGUUCUGCAAGGAUCAGGCAGCUGCUGAAGAAUCAAGCAGAAAAGGCUGAAAAAGGAGAAGAAAGUACUGAGAACAGAAAUGCUUCAGAGGUCAAAGAAAAUGGAGAAAUCCAAACAACUGUCUCUCCAAAAUCAGGACACUUAAUAAAAGAAAAUGGAGAAGAUGAGUGUAAAGAUCAUGAAGACAGUGUCAUAGUAAAUUCUGCUGCAUUUAAAAUGGAAGCAAAAAAGUCUGGUAGAGCUCAGCAUUGCUGGGGUAGCAGUAAACAUGAAAUAACCGCAAAGGUCCCAACUUCAUCUAUGGAAUCGUUUCAUGAUACAGACUUAAAACAUGCACCUGCUUUAGCUGCAACAAAAGUUAAAAGGACACAUUCACUAGAUUCAUUGUUGUUAUCUAAUAGUAGAAACAGUGAGAUUGUAACCAAUUCCACUUUCCAGAUUGCCAGUUCCCUUAAAAUGAGUUCUACAAAUGCUUUGGUUGGAAAAGAAGCUGGACUGUUGGGAGAUGCAGAAGCUCUGUUUCAGGCAAACCAAAAUGCCACUUCUAACUUUGAUAAUCACUGUAGUAUAGCAGCUAGUAAGGAGUCAACAAAAAAAAUGCAGGAUUCUUGUUUACAUUCACCCAAGUCAAAAGAUAAAACAGUUAAUGAAGAUCUACAGUUGAGGAAGGGAGAAUGUUGCUGUAAUCAUCAAAUAGAUAGUCACUCGGAGCUAACAUCUGAUGUCCAGAUGCUUCAUUCCAGUAUCACUAUAUCUCAGCAGCAAGCAGAUCGGCAUACGGAUAAUGCAGAAAAAGAUAGUGAUCCAAGAAAUUGUGACACACAGAAAAUUGUGGCAGCUGUAGAAGGAGAGCAAAAUCCACAGAAACUUCUUGCUACUGCUCUUUUACCUUUUAGUGAACAAAUAUCCCCUUCACUCAGUAUGGAGUCCAGAGGAGAAAAAUGUAUAGCUGCAGGUUGUUUUGUUGCUUCAGCGUCAUCUUUUGAAAAUGAUAAAGACUUAGUCAUGGGCAGGGGAACUUGUAAUGAAGAACUGAGUGCAUUAGGGAAACCUAAACACAUACAAAAUGAUCACCAGUUAAUCCUUGCAGAGAAUUCCAAAGAUACUGCCACACCAAAGACUGGUUUACUUUGUCUAGAAACUGAGGAUGUGGAAGCAAUGAAGGUUUUGUCUGAGGUUGCAGUGGAGAACGGUGCCAAUGUAUUGUCACGCAUAAAUGGGUUUGAGAGUGUGACAUCUAACCUUGAUGUGCUGACAGCACCUCCCUCUGUUACUUUCGAGUCUUCUUUUGACACUGGAGGCAGUUGCUCAGCUUCUCCUCAUCCUAGCUGCAAGACCAAAAAUAAAACAAUAGGGAAAAGAGAAGUCAAUUUAAAAGAUGUGAGGGAAACUGGUUUUUGUCCUGACCUUGAAUGUGAGAAGAGCAAAUCCUUUGAGCCCAUAGAGAGGAACCUCUUGGAAAGCUCAGUUCCCAUCCACAACUGUGGUCCCGUUUCCCAUGAAACUGACCAAGACAUUCCUGUAAAGGCAUUAGUUAAACUCGCAGAAGGUAACGCAGCAAAGCCUGCACGUUGCCCUUUAAUCAGCAUUGACAGGACACAUGAUCAUAUUCUUGAUACUUCUGAAAUCGACAAGGCUGGUGUGACUGAAGUUGCUCUUGUUCCUUCUGAUUGCAACUCUGAACUCUCCUCUCCUAUUUUUAAGUCACAAGAAAACAUACUAGAGGUUUCUCAUUCUGCCUUGAGGUAUGGAGACAGACCUUUGACUAACCAUUCUGUUUUCAGCUGUGAAAAAGACGUUGUUGUAGACAUCAUUUCUGAAUCUCCACCUGUUUCUGAAGAUAGGUGUAGUAAUUUUUCUUCCAAGAAAGAAAACAGUAGUAAACCCAGGAUACCACCCACAGUACUUGAUUCUUCAGCUGAAAACCAAGGAAAAAUGCCUUCUCCAUCCAUUAACUCUGAAAAUGGCCAGAUUGCUAGAUGGUCUGCUGCUUCUGUACAGGAUAGCUUAAUUUUUCCAGAUGGUGAGUUUAGGAGAACAAUCCCUGAGGUCAGAAUAACUGAGGUGUCACUUUGCUCAGGAGGUCUGAGAGCUUCAUGCCCAGCUGGUUCUCUGGGACCUGAGCUUACUCCAACUAUGCUUGAUUGCUCCCCUGCUGAACUAGAUGUGAGGGGUGUUUGCAUCCCCGGGCACUCUUCACCUACUCUGGAAUCUAGAGAAGCCUCCAGUCUUUCCAUUUCUGGCUUGGAAACAUCAAGCAUUGCUGAGGGGAGCAGUUACUCCUCCAGUCAUGGUGAUGGGGCAGAGGAGGCCUCCUCCACUCAACAGGCUGACAACGGUGUCUUGGCAGAAGCAGUGCCAUCACCCACUUUGAAAUUUCUGGAAAUGGCAUCUGAGUCAGCCUGUACUGAGAGUGGAUGUAGAAGUGCUGUAGGACAGGUGAAUCUUGGUAGCCAUGCUUCUGCUGUCUUAGAAGCCCCUUCUGUGAUGGAUGAUCAAACAGCUACUGCACCUCCAGAGUCAAAUGAGCUCCGUUCUGAGGAAGUACAGGAAGAUACUAAUGUGAAGGGACAAGAACGUGCUAAAUUAAAAUACGCUGCUGUUUUGUUUAAAAAAGCUGAAGAAAUAGUGGACUCAGUUUUACACUUGGCUAUAGAAGAAAUAAUAGCAAAACAAGCCAUUAGUGUCUGCCAGCUUUGUGGGAGCAAGGGUGGUAUAGUAAAUACAGAUAUUCAAAAUGUUCAGAAGGUUGAAACUGUACAGCUGGAAGCAGAAGAAAUCCAGUCAGCUGUGCAGUCAUUUAAACAUUUUAAGGAGAGCAGUGGAGGAAGCUCAUCUUCAUUUACAGGAAAUGAAACAGUGGACACAAAUAACCAAGAUGAAAAGAUAUUAUCUUACAUCCCUGAUAAAAUUGACCUACAUAGUGCACUAGCACUAAAAGCAAAAGAAAUAAUUGAUGAAGUCAUUAACUCAGCCAUACAAAAACUGGCAUCCCAUCAGUGGCAAGGCAGUGAGAGUAAGAGGCCUUUUGAAGAAAUUGAGCCUAAACCUAAGGCUGAAACCCCAAAGAUGUUAAAGCUGGAGGUGAAGUUACCUGCCAAAACACAAAAACCAACAGAGAAGGUGGAAGCUCCAAGUGUAGCAGAAAACUGUGAAAAGGUAGAUUGCUCAGGUUCUCCUUUACUUCCAAAUAGUAUGGAAAAUUGCAUAGAUUGGCCCAAAAGGGGUAAAAAGAUACCAAAUAAUGCAUUUGCAUAUCAAACAAAUGGAUUUCUACACAUUGAUAAUUCAGAAAGGCCAGAAUCUAAUCUUAUUACACCAGCAAAAGAGAGACAUAAUGGAAAGGUAUGUGAACAUCUGGCUGCAGCAGAGAUGUGUGGCAAAGCUGGAUCAUCAGCAACUAGUGGAAAAUCUGAUGGAUCUUUACAUUUAAUACAUAGAGAUGCUACUGUGCCUGAAGAGACCCUUCUGCUAUCACAGUUAAAAGAUUCAUGCAAUAAUAUGAAUACGCCUGAGUGCACUUUGCUGCCAACUGUAAAUGUUAAUUUGUCAUCUUUUGUGCCUGAUGGAGAUUCACUCAUCAUGCAGAGUGAAUCCAAAGACAAAAGCAGUCCUCAGGGGUCUCUGAGAAGCAGUGCAGAGUACAGUCCAUGUGAACACUGCGGAAAAGAGGCCGCAGACAAAGUACCUGCACAAGUAAAAGCAACCUUAGAAGAUUCAAAUGCAGUGGAGAGUAAAAAGGAACUAACAGAAGGAGUGAGUGAGAAAACAGCGGUUAAUAUUGGAUUAAAUACUCAGUUCAUUGUACCUGAAUUGUCUGUUACUGGAGAGGACAGUGACAGGGAAAACAACUUCAACACAGUCUCUGCCCAGAAUGAUGAGAAUCUGAAGCAGGUACAAGUGAAGGAUCAAGACAUGAAUAGAGAGGAUCAGCUUGAAGGAAAUAGUCUGGACUGCAGCAAUGACACGAAGGAAUCAGCAGAUCUUUUGGCCUUUUCUCCAUUAAUUGAACAGUGGGAAAACAGUUCUUUUACUAUCAUUUACGAAGGUGCCCUUCAAACUGAGAACAAAUCUGUCUCUGCCGAUGAUAAGCAAACUGGUUUGCUUUCUUCUGAUUUGCCUUCAGAUAAUCUAGAUCAUUUAAUGUGUGAAAGAGCAAAGAAUAGACAUGAGUCAGACUGUCUUUAUGGGAAAGACAACAAGUUGAGUGAAGCAACAGGUGGCUGUAGCUCAGAGUCAUUUCUGAGCGUGGAGGCCAAGCGCUAUAGAGUAUAUCCUUUCUCUUUGUCUCCAAUAUAUGAAGACGACAGCUCCCAGGAAGACUUACUUUCCACAGACAUGUCGCCAGAAGGCCGUCCUAGUGGAAUAUCAAAAGAUAACACUGACCACACUUCUGUGCUUUCACUUCUCCAGUCAGUUUCUGAGCGCUUACAAUUUACUACUCAGUUCAGUAAAGAGGAGGAGGAGGAGGAGGGGGUGGAGGAUGAGGAGGAAGGGAUAGAGGAUGAGGAGGAAGAAUCAACAUAUGAGGAAAGUAUGCUUGAUGUUGAAAGAGAAGACGACUGUCUUUCCAGUCAGUGGAGAGAGAAUUUUAAAACAACCCUUCAAUCUAAUGACCAAAAUAGGUUAUUUUUUCCUGAACCACCAUUUUUUCUUUCAAAAGAGCAGCUUGACUCUAAGGAGCAACCAGAACUGUUUCCAGGUGCGGCUUCUUCAAGUCAAACAUCUUGUGAGCCAGUUUCACAGAAAGCUGAUGAUACUCUAAAGCAUUCUCCUACAAGUGUGUACUACCAGUAUUUAAAAUCUGCUAGCAAUGCCUCCUCUGAGAAGGGUACGAGAUUUGGAAGCAUUCUCCAGGAUAUGUUGCAGCCAAAGAUUCAUUGGUCUCAAGACAAUAAUGUGCCAAAACUACGAGAAUUGUCAGCGAACCUCAUUGAUAGGGCAAGUCUCAAAUACAAUCCAAGACCGGGAAAGAUUAUCAUUUAUGAUAUUUCUGCUGACAAAAGUAAACAAGAAGUUAAUUCUGAUAUGCUAGAUACCACGUCCUGGACCUUUCCCAUUGGAGCAUUACUUAGGAUAAUUAGAGGAUGUUGGAUUUUUUAUGAGAAACCAAAAUUCCAGGGUCGGAAGUAUGUACUAGAAGAAGGAGAGACUGUGCUGGAUCACCUUUGGGAUCUUCCAGGAGUGAAACAUGGUCGAAGAAGCCUCACAGUUGGUUCAAUCAAACACGUAACAAAGGACUGUCGUGUUCCAGAGGUAGAGUUCUGUGUGGGAGCCAACACAGAGGGACUUCCUAUCUGCAUACAGAGUGCAGUUGCCGAUUUAGAAGAACUGGAUGUUGAGAAAAACCCUUAUAUAAGUGUCAAAUCAGGAGUAUGGCUUGCUUAUUCGGACUUAAAUUACAAGGGAGAGAUGAAGGUUUUGGAAGAAUGCAACUCACUAUCUGAAAUUCCUUCAGCAGAUGUGAAAUCUCUGCGUCCCUUAAAAAUGGGUGGACUAAAGGUACAGAUGCCAAUGAAUGUCAAGAUCAUAAUAUAUGAGAAAACCCACUUUGGAGGAUGGUCCAAAGAGUUUUCAGAAAACAUCAGUUCUGUCCCAGCUCUGUUUGGUAGUGAAGAGGAGUUUCAGGAAAUUGGAUCAAUACGUGUAAUUGGUGGAGUGUGGGUUGCCUAUGAUAAAGAACGCUACAAAGGCCAACAGUACUUGCUGGAGGAGGGAGAUUAUGAAGACAGACACUCAUGGGGGGGAACUGACAGUGUCCUCCUGUCUUUCCGGUUCCUUCAGGCUGAUUUCAUAGAGUCAUCAGUGGCACUUUUUCAGUCUGAUGAUGAAGAUGGGAAGGCAUUAGACAUUGUCAACGAAGAAAUUCCUGAUUUGGAGAUGGCUGGAUUUGGCCCAGAGACAGGAUCGAUUCUUGUGAGAAGUGGAGUGUGGGUUGCAUAUCAACAGAAACAUUUCUGUGGAGAGCAAUAUGUGUUGGAGAAAGGAAAAUAUAAAUGUUUCUUUGACUGGGGAGGAUCUAGUAAAAUCAUCUUGUCAAUUCGACCUAUCAAGUUGGAACCUCUUGGAAUGAAUGAGCCUCCACAUUUGCUCAAAGCUUUCAGUAAUACACAUUUCCAAGGAGCAUGUAUAGAUUUCACAGCAGAAGUUUCUGAUUUUCCAUCAUUCAUACCAUGUUCUUUUAAGGUUCUUCGGGGAUGUUGGCUCCUGUAUUACCAAGGGGAAAUCACUGACAAUCACUGUGUGCUGGAAGAAGGCCUCUAUGUUGACCUCAGUUCCUGUGGCUGCCCGACUGCUACAAUCAAAUCCCUCAAGCCUAUUCAAUACGUUUUUGCUGAGCCCUCCAUCAGUCUGUUUGCUCUGGAAUGCUGCAAGGGCAGAGAGCUGCAUUUCAGUGAACCCAUCAAUUCUGUUUUGAAUGAGGACCUGCAUUUUUACACUCAGUCUGUGUGGGUGAGAAGUGGAUUGUGGAUUGCAUAUGAAGGAUGUAAUUUUUUAGGAAAGCAGAUUCUGCUGGAGCCCAGUGAGAUUCCAAACUGGAAUGAACACAGUGGCUGGAAAGUAAUUGGCUCCCUUCGUCCUAUGAAGCAGCCAGCAGUGUACCUCAGAGUGAAGAACCGAGCCCAAGGUAAAUACCUGACGGUGGCUGGAAGCCUCGCAGAUAUAAGGGCAGCAUCAGUGUGUGUGUCCCCAUACAGUGGCAAGAGUAGCCAGAUCUGGCACUACUCUCAUGGACUCUUCAAAUCCAAGGCUAACAAUGCCUGUCUGGAUGUCAUUGGUGGCAGAGAUGUGCCAGGGGCCAAAGUAGCACUCUGGACCGAACAUGGGAAGGACAGACAAAAGUGGAGGCUCAAUGAGGAUGGAACCAUCAGUUCAUACCUCAGUGACCAACUGGUGCUUGAUAUUAAAGGAGGGAAUUACUAUGACAAGAAUCACAUCAUUAUGAAUCAGCCAGUGGAUGAUAAACAUUCACAAAAAUGGGAUAUUGAAAUAUUGUAAAACCCACCACAUAUGAACCUUAUGUGACUUACUAACACCUUGAGGGGAAAAAAAAAACUACUGAAGUCACACACCACUGGAACCUUAAGCAGCACCUCCUCUCUACUUUCCUUCAUACCAAGCACCAACUCCUGAAGCAACUGAAUUUUGCACAAAUCUGGAAGGUGAGAGGUUGAUGGACUAUCUUUCUGCAGGGAAGCUGAUUCUGUAGAGGUCACUUCUGUGAGAGUCAUCUGAUGUAUUAAAAGUAAAUGCAAAAGACUAUAUUUGUUUUGCAGGAUAUGAACUGCAAGAGAUAAUAUUUGAAAAGGUCUUUAGAAAUGUUGUCUUUAUUUUCCUCUCAAAAACUGAUGGAAGCUCACUGAAGAAUGAAUGCACUAAUGAGCUUGAAGGAGGUGGAGCUGGACUUUCAUGUCCCAAGUGAAACUGUGUAGGCUGCAAGUGAUCCUGAAGUUCAGAUCAUAUCUCUUGCUAAAAUGCAAUUUAUUUUGUUCAUAAAGACAACUUUGAACUGGAAUUACCAGCUCAGCAUGUGAAAUGGAGCAGUAGAGAAAGCCUGACUUUUACUCCCCUAAUGCUACUGGUAGGCCUUUGCAAUUCUUGUAACAGUACCAAAUUUCCAGAUUCAGGAACUGGUUUUGCUGACCAUGUCCUGUUUCCAGCCCGUGAAAUUGUGAGUUCUCAGUGAAGGUCACCUUUAACACAGACCCAUAUGUGCAUGUAUCACAACAGAAUAAACGGUCCUGGGUCAGGCUAGAUUUCUACAAGGGCUAGCUGCAUUUAGAGCAGUAACAAUUUUAACUCUGAUAUUUUCUCUUUAUGUAUAUAGAUUAAUUUAAUACAAUGUAAUUUGGUCUUGAAACCAUGUCUUCCUUCAGAAAAUAAUUGACCCAGUGUGUAUUUUCAAAGGUGCUAGCAGCCUGCAUUUCAAUGCUUCCUUAAUCUUACAAGAACAGCAUCAGUGCAUGUUACAGUUACUGUGGCUCAUCAACAGCAUGUACAUCUUAUCCCAAAGGGUGAGGACUUGGACUAAUGGUCCAGACCUUGGCAUGCUGGUGCUUUCCUCAAGUUCAGCACUAAGCAACCAGCCUGCUACAUACCAGUUGAGAGACAGAGCCACAUACCUUGAAGGACUGCAGUUGUUGCAGGUUUGAAAAGCACAUUCCUCACUCAACACUGACAAAUACAGCAGGAAAUGCAGACAGGCUGGAAGGCUGUGAACACCUGAGGUGGAAGCAAAGUCCCUUAGAUCACUGGUAACUUUAUUUUAUUUCAGUGUCACUAAAUUAAUCAACUUCAUUGAAUAUGUAAUUUUUUCCCUUAUUUGUAUAUUCAGGGUAUGUAUUUCUAGAACUAUUUAAAAAGUUUGUUAGCUAAAGAUGGAUAUUUGUUUCCAAAAGCUGUAACUAUUCUGGUUGUGCAUUCAGACAGGAUCUAUCCCCAUCAAAUAAAAUCACAGAACCUUAAAUUUGCCACAGAAAUAAAAUAUAUGGAUGUCUAUUUUUGUAUGAAAUGGAGUUCUAUACAGUACUAUUUAAUUUUUAAAAAGCUAUCUACUUGCACUUACUAUUUUACAUUCUAAAAUUAUCCUAAAUCUGCUCUUUGAGUAACAUCUUCAAAUAUAUGUAUAUAUUUUUGCAGCUAAAGCACUUGUUUAGCUUUUUUAAUGUACAUCAGUGUAUCAGGUAUUCUACAUAUGACCUGCUUCCCAUAUGAAAGCUGAAAAGCCUGUAUAAAAAGUUCUAGUCUUUAAAACCAAGAACGACUAAAUCAUAUUGGGAGUGCCAUUGUUACAUAAAGUAAAGCAGGCUUUUGUAUUUAAAUGAUCUUUAAUGUAAAAUGCUAAGCAUGUAUAUUUUAAUUGUAUAAAACGUUUUUUUAGGAGAAA